CGAGCCAUGGCCGGCAUGGUGGAUUUCCAGGAUGAGGAGCAGGUGAAGUCCUUUCUGGAGAACUUGGAGGUGGAGUGCAACUACCAGUGCUACCGCGAGAAGGAUCCGGACGGUUGUUAUCGGCUAGUGGACUAUUUGGAAGGGAUCCAGAAGAAUUUUGAUGAGGCUGCCAAGGUGCUGAAGUUCAACUGUGAAGAGCACAAGCACAGCGAUAGCUGCUACAAACUAGGAGCCUAUUAUGUGACUGGAAAAGGAGGACUGACCCAGGACCUGAAAGCUGCCUACAGCUGCUUUUUGAUGGCAUGCGAAAAGCCUGCAAAGAAGUCUGUAGAAGCUUGUCAUAAUGUUGGUCUCCUGGCACAUGAUGGACGGGUCAAUGAAGAUGGCAAACCCAACGUGGGGAAGGCCAGGGACUACUAUACAAAGGCCUGUGAUGGUGGCUAUGCCUCCAGCUGCUUCAACCUCAGUGCCAUAUUCCUGCAGGGUGCCCCUGGCUUUCCCAAAGACAUGGGCCUGGCAUGUAAAUACUCACUGAAAGCCUGUGACCUGGGCCAUGUCUGGGCCUGUGCCAAUGCCAGCCGCAUGUACAAGCUGGGGGAUGGUGUCAACAAGGACGAGGCCAAAGCUGAGGUGCUAAAAAGUAGGGCUCAGCAGCUACACAAAGAACAGCAAAAAAGUGUCCAACCCUUAACAUUUGGAUAAUAUGGCACAACUUCCCUCCCAGGCAACAAACAGCUUGAGACUGGCCCUUCCUAUUUUUGAGGCCUGAUGCAACUCUUGAAGGUCAACCUGCUGGAGCAGGAAAACUUGGGACUUGAAUCAGUAGCACUGGUUACAGAGAUCUGUUGCCCCAAAGUGUUACCCGCUGGGAUGUAGCCUGUGAUGUUUAUUUCAGUCAGCAGUCAUGACUGCCACCCACUGACUUACAUAAUUACUGAUGUAGGCUUGCUUUUUGCCUUUAGAGUCAGAUGUUUCCAUAAAUUCAUAGAAAUCAGGAGGGAUAUGCAACAUAAAGGUUAAAGGUUGUUAUGCUUCAGGGUUGUUAAAGAUGAAACAUAAGCUGGCCUUUCUCUAGAAGAGAUAUUCACAGUUGAAAAUUAGCAUCCCCAGUGUAGUCACCUGGCGCUGCCCAUCAUGCUGAGGGAGCAGAUUAUUCCCAAGGCAACUUCAGCUAGGAAUUUGUAAGCAAGGACUCUGUGACAUUUUGUCCCCUGGAACUGAACCUUUUUAACUGUCUCUGUGAAUAAACUGUUUUGA